AUGGGUGAUUCAGCUUCUCUCCAUGUGUUCGUUUGUCUGCUGGGGCUGGUUGUCCUGUGCCACUCUGACUGCUUCUUCCAUGAGUUAGAGCUCAAAGAUCUGAACAACCCUCCAAGAGGAUGUGUGGAUAAGGAUGGAAAGCAGCAUGUUUUUGGCUCUGAAUGGACCAGUGAAUGCAUUGACUGCUCUUGUACAAGCGAGGGUUUGAGCUGCUGUAGCAAGCUCCCUGAUGCCAACACAGUAGACAUUCCUGAUGAAUGCGAGCUGGUGGUGAAUAAGGAGGCCUGCACUGCCAAGGUGGUGAUGAAGUCAGACACGACAAAAGAGUGUAUCCCUAAUUGA